AUGGCCAGCAAGUCAGUCUUUGUUGUUGCUAUAGAUUUUGGCACAUCCUACAGCGGAUACUGUUUUUCUCUUGCUUCAGGUACAGACCAAAUCCGCCAGGUGUACUGGGGAACAGAGCACGGGUUCAAGAGCCCAAAGACACCCACGUGCAUCUUGUUCGACCAGCAGCAAGAGUUCAAGAGUUUUGGCUAUGAUGCUGUGAUGAAGUACAAGAGCCUGCCCUCCAGCAAAGCUGAGAGCUGGUAUUUCUUCCAGAACUUCAAGAUGAAGCUGUACAACACAAAUGUCACAACUGGCAUGGAGCUGAAAGCCACCAAUGGAAAGAUGCUUCCUGCCCUGACAGUCUUUUCUGAAAGCCUGCGCUACCUGAAGCAACAUGCCCUGAACACCAUUGAAGAGGCCUCUUUCCAAACCAUCUAUGACCAGGAGGAGAUCACCUGGGUCAUUACUGUCCCAGCCAUAUGGAGCUCUGCUGCCAAGCAGUUCAUGCGUUUGGCAGCAAAAGAGGCAGGAAUGAUCUCUGACAUGCUUUCUAAAAAUCUGAUCAUUGCCUUGGAGCCAGAGGCUGCAUCGCUGUGGUGCAAACAGCUUCCACAGGAAGGGUUUAUAGCAGACAGCAGUGACAAGAAGAAGUUUGAAGACUCCCCUGGGAUCCAGUAUAUUGUUGUUGACUGUGGAGGUGGCACAAUAGACAUCACAGUACACGAGAUCCAAGAAAACCAUUACCUGAAGGAGUUACACAAGGCAACUGGAGGUGGAUGGGGAGGCAACAGAGUGGAUGAAAACUUCACUAAUUUCCUCAGGGAAAUAUUCAGUGAUGGUGUAUGGGAUGAAUACGUAAAGAGCCACCCUACUGAAUUACAACAUAUGAUGUACAACUUCAGUCUACAGAAAUGCUCUGCUAGCAGAGAGGCAGUCUACAUACAUUGCUACUACAACCUGACCAGACUGGCAGAGUGCAAGAAGAACAUCUCCCAAUUCUUCAAAAAAGCAGAAGGAGCUUUGUGGUGUGAUGGGAUGAUCAUGAUUACAUACGAGAAAAUGAAGAGCUUGUUUGACUACAGUAUCAAAAAUAUAAUUUGUACUUUGAGGGAAAUUCUUGACAAACCUGGGAUGGCCAAGGUCCAAUACAUUUUGCUUGUGGGGGGCUUUGCGUCUAGCAUCAUCUUGAGAGAUGCGAUCAGUCAAGCCUUUAGCAAGAAGUAUCAUAUCCUUUGUCCAGUGGAGGCCCAAGCAGCCAUUGCAAAAGGGGCUGUUUUGUUUGGAGUCAAUCCACACCUUGUUACCUCAAGAAUCAGUGCCAAGACAUAUGGUUUAAAAGUAAAUCAGAUAUUUGAUUAUGCUGUCCACGAUGUCUGUAAACAGAAGGUCUCAAAAGCUGGUGGCUAUGUUUAUUGCACAGAUCUCUUUCAGAAAUUGGUGGGAAUUGGGGAGUCAGUGAAUAUAAAUGAAAUUGCCCACUAUGAUUUCUCUCCAACAGAACCAGAUCAAAAAAAUGCAUGCUUUGUUUUCUAUUGCACAGAAAAACAGGAUGCUCAGUAUGUAGAUGAGGAGGGGAUUGAACAGCUUGGGUUCUGUACAGUGCCAAUGCCAGACACACAUCUGGGGAUGCAACGCCAGCUGAAGAUGGAGAUUAAGUUUGGGCUCACUGAAUUUAAAGCUACAUGUAGUGAUCUUACUUCCAAAGAAAGUCGGACAGUUCUAAUAGAUUUUUUAACUGUAUAAAUACUCAGUAUAUUGAGCAGCAGAGACAAUAAGUCUAGGGAGAAAAUGGCUUUAGAGGGAGGCAGUGUGGUCAAAGGUUGGACUUGAUAACUUUGGAGGUCUUUUCCAGCCUUAAUGAUUCUAAUGAUUCAAUGAAUCCUACAAUAGAGGAGGCAUCUGUACCAAUAAGUCCAUUAUAUACCUUUCUGUUUACACAGGUAAACUGCUAGUCUGAUUCUCUGGUUCCUUCCAUUGCUCACCAAUCACCCUUUCAAUCCAAUACAGCACUUUCUGUUGUAUCUGACAGCAGGUUUAUCUGCUGCUUUAUCUCAUGCUGUUUUAGCUUGCAUCUCUGAACACAAUAGUCCAUACCACCAAUAUAAUCAUCUGUAUUCUACCUGUAUUUGAUGCAAAGACUCUGGAUAGCGUCUAACUUCCACAUAAACCAUCCCACAGCUGUUUAUUUUAGCCUGGCAUGUUCUUUCAGCUGCAUCCUCUUUUCCUCUGAUACCAGUUCUCUUUACCUGGAGUCUAGAUUUAACUCUGCUGGGGGUGACAUUCAAU